CGGCCGUCGUAUGAACUAGGAAGUGGCCGUGGCAGGUGAGGGGAGAGAGGGAGAGCGGAUUUGCUCUUACUUAGUACCGGCGGCGGAGCUGCAGAUGCUGACGGCUGAGAUGAAGGAGAUCCGGAAGUCCUUCGAAACGGGCCCGGCCCAGGUCGAGAAGAUGUGCGGCAACGCGCUCGGGAUGGUGGUGAACAUGACGGACACGGACAUCGCAGCUAACGGCGUCAGCAGGGAGGAAGAGGAGAGGAAGAGUAGUAACGGGGUGUGGCCGGAGUGGAUGAAGGCCGGGGACAGGAGGCUGCUGCAGGCGUCGACGGUGACGCCGGACGUGGUGGUGGCGGCGGACGAGAGCAGGAAGUAUAGGAAGGUGGCGGAGGCGCCGAAGAAGAGCAGUGAGAGGUACGGGCUCGAAUUGUAUGGGAAAGGGAGAAGGGUUUGUGGCUGAGCUAAGCUUAGCCAAGCCAGUAGACUGUAGAAGGGUUUUUUCUUUUGAGCGGGCACCACAAUUCAAAAAUCAAAACCUAGAAAUUUGGAUUUAGAUUUUAGGAGGAUCCUAAAAACUAAUGUAUUUAAACCAAGGUUGUCAACCCGCGGGUUGACUCGGACCCGGUUGAAUUAGUGGGUCAAGGGUUAAUGGGUCACCCAUUUUAGUCCGGUUUAGCCCGGAAAUAUGGAAAGCGUCAUUAUAUUGUAUUUAUCCUGAUAAAUUAUAUAAAAUCUC